AUGUCCUUCACCAACCGAGCCUCCAUCUUUCUCCGCGCCGCAGAACUAAUCUCCACCAAAUACCGCUAUGACUUAAUGGCCGCCACCAUGCUCGACCAGGGCAAAAACAUCUGGCAAGCCGAGAUCGACUCCGCGGCCGAAACAUGCGACUUCUACCGCUUCAACAUGCACCGAACAGAAUACCGCCCCCUAGAAGGCCUCGUCUACGCCAUCAGCCCCUUCAACUUCACUGCCAUCCCAGCGAACCUCAUCGCCGCCCCGGCCCUAAUGGGCAACGUCGUAAUCUGGAAACCCUCCAACUACGCCCUCUACUCCAACUACCUGCAGAUGAAGAUCCUCGAGGAAGCAGGUCUACCAGCCAACGUCAUCCAGUUUGUCCCCGGAGAUCCGAAGACGGUGACCGAAGCCAUUCUACAGCAUCCACAGUUCGUGGGGCUGCAUUAUACGGGCUCGACGGAAGUAUUCCGGGACCUGUACGGGCAAAUUUCGGACGGGGUCCGGGAGGGCCGGUACUAUAUAUUUUGGGUUGUACAUGGGAGUGCGGAUGUAAGGAAUGCGGUUGUGAAUACUGUGCGCGGGGCGUUCGAUUAUCAAGGACAGAAGUGCUCGGCGACAUCAAGGGUUAUGUGGCCGAGUCUGUGUAGGGGGAGUUCCAAGGGGCAGUUGGUGGCUGAGACGGAGAGGUUGAAGAUGGGGGGUGUGGAGGGGUUUGAGAACUUUGUUGGGCCGGUUAUUCAUGAACAGGCAUGGGUGAAGCUGGAUAAGGUUAUUCAGAAUUCGAAGAGGGAUCCGUCGGUGACGGUUUUGGCGGGAGGGGAGACGAAUCGCGAGGAGGGAUGGUUUGUGCAGCGGACUAUUUUCCAGGCGGAGGAUAUGAAACAUUCACUCAUGAAAGAGGGGUUCUUUGGGCCGAUUCUUGCAGUGUAUGUGUUUCCGGAUGGGGAGUUUGAGGAAACGCUUAGGCUUGUGGAUUCGGGGGCGAAGUUUGGGUUGACGGGGGCAGGUUUUGCGAGGGAUAGGUGGGCUAUUGAGCUUGCAGAGAAGACUUUGAGGCAUUCGGCGGGCAACUUUUACAUCAAUUGCAAGAGCAGCGGGGCUGUUGUUGGGCAUCAGCCUUUUGGAGGUUCGAGGGCGAGUGGGACGAAUGAUAAGGCUACGAGUACUAAUUUGCUGUCGCGGUUUACGAGUAUUAGAAGCAUCAAGUAG